AUGUCGAAGGCAGAGGUUACUCUUUUGGACUGUUGGGUUAGCCCUUUCUGCAUGAGGGUGAAAAUUGCUUUGGAAGAAAAGGGUGUUGCAUACGAAAGCCAGGCUGAGGAUUUGUUUGGAGGCAAGAGUGAACUUCUACUUACAUCAAACCCUCAUGGCAAGGUGCCUGUGUUGCUCCACAAUGAGAAACCUGUGUCCGAGUCCGCCAUCAUAGUGGCCUACAUUGAUGAAACCUGGACAGCUUCCUCAUUUCUCCCACCUUGCGCUUACGGCCGAGCUCAGGCAAGGUUUUGGGCGGACUACAUUGACAAAAAGGUGUUUGAUGCAGGCAAAGGCAUCUGUUUGGGCAAAGGAGAAGAAGUAGAGGUCGCUAAGAAGGACUUCAUUGAGGUUAUAAAGACUCUAGAGAAGACUUUGGGGGAUAAGGAUUUCUUCGGAGGCGAUACCUUUGGUUUCGUCGACAUCAUAGGCAUUGCCAUGACGAGUUGGUUCCCUGCAUAUGAGAAAUACGGUAGCUUCAAGCUUGAAGAUGACUGCCCCAAAUUCUCAGCUUGGAUCAAGAGGAGCUCGGAGAGGGAGAGUGUAGCCAAGGUCAUUCCAGAGGCCGAGAAGGUCCUCGGAUUUAUGGCCAUGUUUAGGAAGAUGAUGGGAGUAGAAGAGUGA